AUGGAUACAAUCAAUAAAAAAAUGACUGAAAAUGGGAUCAAUAAAGAAUUGAAUAAGACGAAUACACUCGAGGAAUUCUACGCCGGUUGUGGAAUUUUUGUGACCGGAACAACCGGUUUCGUUGGAAGGGGUCUCCUAGAAAAACUGAUGCGCGUGUGUCCACGCGUCACUGCCAUUUUUAUACUACUACGUCCAAAAAAUAACGAAACGAUAGAACAACGAUUUAAGAAGCUCAUAGAUGAUCCUAUCUACGACGACAUCAAAGCAAAACACCCUUCAGCUUUGAGCAGAGUUUAUCCCAUGAAAGGUGACGUGAGUCUGCCGGAUUUAGGUCUUUCGCGAGAAGAUAGAAAUCUGCUGUUAGAAAAAGUAAACAUAGUAUUUCACGUCGCGGCCACUGUGAAAUUCAACGAGCCGUUGCACGUGGCUGUUAAUGUGAAUACGAACGGUACUCUUCGUGUCAUCGAUCUUUGGAACGAACUAAAGCAUCCGAUUAGCUUCGUUCACGUCAGCACAGCUUUUAGUAAUGCGAAUCUAUAUGAGAUUGGGGAGAAAAUUUAUACCACGAGCUUGAAACCUUCGGAAGUAAUAGAUAUGUGUGACAAUUUCGACAAAACGUCAAUCAACCAAAUAGAAAAAAGAAUUUUAAAAACUUAUCCAAACACAUACACAUUCAGUAAGAAUUUAGCAGAGCAGAUUGUAGCAAGCAAGUGCAAAGAUCAGCCAUUUGCGAUAGUACGGCCAAGCAUAAUUGGUGCCUCUUUGGAAGAACCAUGUCCUGGUUGGAUAGAGAAUAUUUCUGCAUUAACAAGUGUCAUGGUCCUAAUCAUGAGAGGAAGUGUAACAAUAAUACGGGGUAGGAAAGAUGCACGAUUGGAUGUAGUACCUGUCGAUUUGGUAGUCGAUACGAUAAUUUGUGCUGCAUGGCAUGUCACGUUGCAUCGUGAUCACGAAGUUAAAGUUUACAACUGCACGAGUAACGCAUGCCCUCCUACGUGGGGUCAGAUGCAACAGCUCGUGUUGGAGCAUGGCAGAAAAAUGCCACUGAACGAUACGCUAUGGUACCCGGGUUGUCCAAUGACAACUAAUAAAUAUAUUUUUAACGCUCUGAGUGUAAUUCCGUAUGUUUUGCCUGCGUACAUCAUAGAUAUCUUUUUAAGACUCCGAGGUAGUAAACCAAUGUGA